AUGAAUGCCAUCACAUGCGAUGCAGCUAAGCCAGACUCAGCACCUGCCUCCAGAGCGGAUCAAGCAUGCCUUUAUAACUUUCCACAACAAAUUUUUGCCCAUUUUGUGCCCCUCUGCCUUCAAUUUCAAACAGCCAACGAACCAAAUGAGCUUACCACUCUGGUGAAAGGCAUGGCUGCCACAGUGGUAGCCAGCAAUAUCCUUACCCAGGGUCCUAUGGUGAUCAUGGAAUUGAUGACACAAGGUGACCUGGCCAGCUAUCUGCGUCACCUUGGCGACUCCGGUGAAGGCGUAGUCUCUCAGGCGCAGAUAUAUCUCUGGGCUACUCAGAUUGCAGAUGGGAUGGCUUAUCUAGCCAUGCGAAAAUAUGUGCAUCGGUACGGCUCUGAUACUAAAGAAAUGGAAUUACUUUGUUUGACUUUUUUAUAUUUCACAACAAUCUUAUUUAUCUAA